GUGAGCAGCGCUGCAGUAGUACGUGCAAUAACGGAAACACGAAAUAAUAAGAGUGAAAUCACAAAGUUUCAGUGACACAUAUGACGUAACUGACCAAAGUUAAGGCUAAGUGAUUCUGACAACAUUGUGUUACAAUACGAAACAGUAACUGUAUUUCACGUGUUGUUAUACAUGAAUAUUCUGAAGAAAAUUGAACAGUAUAUUGUCUGAAUAGGCUGAUGAAAUAUUUUUGUACAAUUCAGUCAAUGCAUUCGAUAAGGAAUCUGUUACGUUUUCGAUGCAGAGCGGGAAACUUAAGACAAUCUUCAGUCUGCAAAACCGGGAUCCGAGUAUGCAUUAUCGUCUGCUGUCUCUGUCUGACACUUCAUUUAUUGAGGACGGCGUUUAGAGCGCUAUUUAUUGGGAAGCCUCAAGGGGAUGAACAGUUUGAAUGGCUACGAAGGAACCGGGAUGUGAGGCAGUACAUCUUACCCGAAGUGAACACGACCCUCCUGAGUCCAAGAAUGUCCUGCUAUGACAGACUGCGCCUUCUGAUCCUUGUGGCCUCUGCUCCAGGCAACAGCGAACACAGACAGGCUAUACGAGACACGUGGGGAUACGCUGUUCCUAUACAUGAAGCCAGACUGCUCUUCUUCCUGGGGCAUGACGGCAACGGACGGCCUCUAUUGACGACGGAAUCAGUUCUGUCUGAAGCUCAGAAGUAUGGGGACAUUGUUGUGGAAGAUUUCAUUGACAGUUACCACAAUUUAACAUUGAAGAGCGUAUUCAUGCUGAAGUGGACUCUGAAGUGUUGCAAGUCUGUGCCAUAUGUGCUAAAGACAGAUGACGAUAUGCUGAUAAAUGUAAGGGCACUUCUACAAGAGUUAGAAAACAGCAAAUACAGACCUUCACAGCCACUAAUUAUAGGAAGGAUACAAGAAGGGUCCCUGCCAUACAGAGACAGAUUAUCUAAAUGCCGCACUUUGGUC